CGGGAGAAGUCUUAUCUCACGCCAAUCUCUCAUUUCCCACUAUGUAUAUGCCCCACAAGAUCACUUUCUUAAUUCUAUCUUCUAUUCAUUUCCUAAUCUUUAAAUUCACACUUUUCUUUAUUGAAAUUUCUGGCAGGAGGCACGAGGAGAAUUACUUAGACCUCAAUAAUCUUCCAGAUGAUUUUUCUAAAGAUGGCAAUAAGCAAGCCCUCGAGGAAGGUUCUUCCUCUGGUCAAAGAAAGAAGAAAGGAAGUAAAGAAGGGAAAGAUGAGAGUGGGAAGGUGUACGAAUGUCGAUUUUGUUCACUCAAGUUCUGUAAAUCCCAAGCUCUUGGUGGCCACAUGAAUCGCCACCGACAAGAGAGGGAGACCGAGACAUUGAAUCAAGCUCGUCAAUUGGUCUACCGUAACGAUACCUUAACCCCACCUGGAAUUUCUCCUUUCGGCUAUCAUACCACAGAUCCAACAAUAUACCGGUCGGUUUACUCAUCACCAAUGCUAUACCCUGGAAGCUCUUCAACAAACUUGGUUCCGCAACCGCCGAUGCCACCGCCGCCGCCGCCAUAUCCAUACUCUUCAAACCAAUACUCUCCUCACAACCACUUCAACGACUACUACUUAAACCCAUCUUUUAGAGGCAGCAGAAGCAUCUCUCCAAACCCUAACCUCCCCACCACCACAACCGUUGAUUACAUGGCCGAUAGUCCCGUGGAACCGAGCUACACUUGUGUUGGUGCACCCAUUGGUCCGACCGGUUUCCCUAUCCGUGGCUCAAGCAGCGUCCGUGCGCCGCUUGAACCUCCACAAGGUCGUGAUGGUGACGCUUCACGGCAGCGUUUGGAUCACUCUCUUAGGCUCCCCAUCAAUCGGUUUCAAGAUCAUCACUCGCUCUGAGUUUUAAUAGAUUCCCUCUGCGUUU